CUAUUAUUCUCUCUGGAAAGUGAUUGUUCUCCAUUUCCCUUGUGAUGAUUUGUAUGAACAGUAAGGUCCUGUUGAGGGCAAAGUUGGAAAACCUUGUAAAAGUCAGCAGUUUGCCAACAGUAUCUGCUGCACUGCUAUGUUUUCUUUGAGUGUUUAGGGUGUUGCAGGUCUGUGUUUGAUCCUGUGCCAGAUGGCCUUCAAGAAAAAGACUGGUCUGUGGAAGGCAGGUAAGAACAAAUUUCUAGGCCGCCUGUGUGAAGAUGAGAUGCAUGAGAUAUGAUGCAAUGCGAUGCUAUACCAAAAGAAAGAAAAUUGUCUGGUUUGACGCCCCAUCUUUCUGUAUGAAUUGUGUGAACUCACUCAGUUUAGUGAGUGGUGGUGAACUGUCCAGGGUGUAACCUCAACCCUCAGCCAAUAACCAAUCACUGGGACCCUGAAAAGAAUAAGGUGAUAGACGAAGAAGAUUUGUCCUCCCGACUUGAAUCUGCUGUCAUUCUCUUUGGGUAAUUUUCUCUCUGAGUAAGGGACAAACACCAAAAAGCACAAUCCAGGUAAACUGAUCUGGUUGUACCUUGUUUAUUGACUGGCUGUAGUCCCUGAAAGGUUUAGGCAGUAGAAAAUGAUUCUAGAUCAGGUAGAACUUUAUUAAUCAAAAAAAUAAUAAAAUGCUUAUGUUUCUCAGAACAUUUUAGAUUUUUAUUGUGAAUAAUGAAAACCCCUAAAAUGGAAUUGAAAGUAGAAGUGAGUACCUUUUUAAAUCUCAUCCCUAGACUUUCUGAAGAACUGUGAAUCUGUCACAGCCUAUUGUUUUUCAAGUACUCCCAACUCGGUCACCAGUAACCAUCCUACCACUCCCCUCCUUUCGUGGACCCUAAUUACUACCCACUGUUUAACCUUAACCCGCCUACACCCCAUAUUGUUUCUCAUGUUCCACUCAUGUGGACCUUUUGAGAUUUGGACCUUUUGGGAAAUAAAUCCUUAGGUGUACAAUGAAGGAUGAAUGGUAGCAGGUUAUUAUUGUAAAAACAGGACAGGACAAUUACAUGGCAUUCCUACAUGUUUGUUUUGGAGGACUGUCUUUGUGUUCAUAGGAGCACAAGGUGAGUUAAGAUGUGAGAGGUCACCUUUCUGUUUCGUUCUUCUUGUUGGUGUUCACAUGCCACAUUAGCAGUAUGAUGGGACUUAAGUAUGAGGUGUCCUUCUCAGCAGUUGUUUUAGUGUAGACAUGAACAACAUACUGUAGAAAAUGCUUCAGUCCAGGAGUCUGUGAGACAAAUUGCCGUAGCUGGACAUCUUCAUCGUCUGCACUCCUCUGGUUUGAAGUGUGCAUGGAGAACAAGACUUAACAUUUCUGUGCUUCUUAAAUCUUUUCAGAUACCAGUAAGCCCAAAGAGAAUCCUAAAGACACCGUGCCUUCAUUAGGAUGAGAGGGAUUUAAACCAUAGGGUUUAGAAACUCAAAGCUAAUGCCAGUGCCUAAUUAUCCUGUCACAGUGACCUGCUGUUUUCCAUUUAAGGGAUGUCAACUGAUUUGACAUUUUUAGUACCACUUUUACUUAACCAAGCCUCACAUAUUAUAGACCGUCUGAAAGCAUUGUUGAUCGCAUGAUAAAUGAAUGUAACUGAAGUUGUGCUGAGCCUAAAGCCCCGAGGUCAAUUAGGUGAAAGGUCACAAUGGAGCUUGUGCAUGUGUUUAAGUGAAUAAAUGACCAAAUGCUUAGGUCAAAACCUUAAGGGGCAAACGGCGAGUGUAUAAAGCUCCGUUAGGUUUUGUUGUCACCCCAAUGCUGACAUACUGGACCACAAACUCUGAGACGAGUAGGACUUGAGGUCAAUGGAACUAGUUUCAUGUUUAAAUGACCAAAAUCCAAAAACAUAUAAGGGGUUUGUUUUUUUGUUUUUUUGUGCCAAAAGUAUUUAUGUAUAUGUGUGAAUAUAGAGUCCUGAUGAAGUGAAUAAGUUAUGGUUUCAAAUUCAACAACCUGUAUUUUCAACCAUAGGUCAUAUUAUACAGUACCUGCACUGAUUAUCCUGAUCCCAUCCAAUUAUAAAAGUUGUUUGAAAGUACAACUGAACAAGACAAAGAAUGUAUUAUCACAAUCAGAAACCUGUGCAAAAGAAACUAAUUGAGGCCAAAACAUCACCUUUACACCUUCAUCUUUUUUUAACUCAACCAUCAAUGGAGUAUUUCAAUCUUUACGAACGAAGCGCCCAAAUCCAGCCCUAUUAGGGUUUUACAAAACAAGUAGCGGAGAGCAAACAGGACAUUCAUCGACUUUAAUGGGAUGAACUGAUCAACCAUAUCUAAUAGAAAUCAUUGCCCAUGGCAAAAGCUGGUGUGGAAUUGAAUUACACAUGGAACACAAUGCUUUUACCGCUUCUUAGAAAACUGUAAUCCAAUCUUAUCAGAACAGAGUAGAAACAGACAAAGUCCAAAUUAAAAAAAAAAAAGUUUCUUGCUGCACAUGUAAUUCAAACACACAAACGUGGGGGGGUCCUCACGUGUCCACAGGUCUCCCAGGACCCAUCUGAAAAAUAUGCACAUCGUGUCUUUGUUCCACUAUUUCUAAAAUGUAAAAAAUAUCAGCUAUAAGUAAAUAGUACGUAUUGUUUCAGUCUGCUUAAAAUAUUUGAAUUAGGGAAAGGCUAGUGAAAGCACUUAACAUGCCAUCGCCCUUUACUCCAACCCCUGCUCUGAAGAAGUCUGUCAAGUCAAACAGCGAAAGUGUACAUUUAUGGGUGCAGCAGCUCUGAGACUAAAAGCGUUCAUACCAGGUCACCAUCAAACCACGGAGUAUGUGUUCAAUUAAAAAAUAUCACGUGGAGGACUGGCGGAGGGGCACAGCGAUUUAAAAGCUCCCAGUUUAUAUUUUCACUGCAGGAGAAGGCGAGUCUUAAAAGUUCCUUCAGGAUGGGCUGUCGUGCCUCAGACGCGCCUGGACAACAGCAGCGUCGGGUCAUGGAGAGAUGUCCGUAGAUCUACCAACCCAUGCACGUGAAGGUUUCUGCUGAGAACGCUCCUUUCUCUGGGUUUGGUCAGCGAGAUUCCAGCCCUCUUCCAGGCUCCAGGACCAAGACGUCCGUCACCUCCGGCAGAACGCACACGGGGCCGUGUUAUCACCGGGCCAGCGUGGGCUUUUACGCACCGCAGAGAAAAUGAAUAUCCAAGCUCUGCCAGAGCACAAGCUGUCGUCCGUGGCUCCGCUGAAACAGUGUAACGUGGAGAAGAAGGAGGUAGAACUGAUACUGGUGAAGGACCAGAAUGGCGUUCAGUACACCAGUUCUUCCAUCAUUCCUUCGCCCGUCUGCGGCGCAGCUCCGUCCGGACCUGGCUCCGAGGUCGAACGGGAAACGUGGGGCAAGAAAAUAGACUUUCUUCUGUCUGUCAUUGGCUUCGCCGUGGAUCUGGCAAAUGUUUGGAGAUUCCCCUAUUUAUGCUACAAAAACGGAGGAGGUGCCUUUUUGAUCCCCUACACCCUGUUCUUGGUCAUUGCGGGGAUGCCAUUGUUCUAUAUGGAGCUCGCCUUGGGCCAGUAUAACAGGGAAGGAGCAGCGACAGUCUGGAAGAUAUGCCCCGUCUUUAAAGGUGUGGGCUACACCGUGAUUGUCAUAGCCCUGUAUGUAGGUUUCUACUACAACGUGAUCAUCGCCUGGUCUCUUCAUUACCUGUUCUCCUCCAUGACCAAAGAGCUGCCGUGGCUGAAAUGUGGGAACAGCUGGAACAGUCCGAACUGCACCGACCCUGAAACCAUUAAAGGAUCCACCCUGGGAAAUGGAACCUCUUAUGCCAAGUACAAAAUCACCCCAGCAGCAGAGUACUAUGAGCGUGGUGUGCUGCAUCUCCACGAGAGUCAGGGCAUCAAUGACCUGGGAAUGCCUCGCUGGGAUCUUUCAUUAUGUCUGAUCGUGGUGGUCUUCAUUCUCUUCUUCAGUCUGUGGAAAGGUGUCAAGUCCUCGGGAAAGGUGGUGUACAUCACAGCUACCAUGCCUUAUGUGGUCCUCUUCGUGUUACUGAUCCGAGGAAUAACCCUGCCAGGCGCCGUGGACGGAAUCAAGGCCUACCUUCAUAUUGAUUUUAAGCGGCUCAACAAUUUGGAGGUGUGGAUUGAUGCUGCCACUCAGAUAUUUUAUUCACUAGGAGCAGGUUUCGGAGUCCUGAUCGCAUUUGCUAGUUACAACAAAUUUGACAACAACUGCUACAGGGAUGCUCUGUUGACCAGUACUAUAAACUGCGUCACAAGUUUUUUCUCAGGUUUUGUCAUCUUUUCUGUGCUUGGAUAUAUGGCUCACAAACACAAGGUGAAAAUAGAAGACGUAGCGACUGAGGGUGCAGGGCUGGUUUUUAUUCUCUACCCUGAAGCGAUCGCUACACUACCUGGCUCUACAUUUUGGGCCAUUGUGUUUUUCUUAAUGCUGCUAACUCUGGGCAUCGACAGUGCAAUGGGAGGAAUGGAAGCGGUCAUCACAGGCCUCACCGAUGACUUUGCAAUCCUCAAGAGGAACAGGAAGCUCUUCACCUUUGCGACUGCCUUCCUCACCUUCCUGGCUGCUCUGUUCUGUGUCACUAAUGGAGGGAUCUAUGUGCUGACCUUGUUGGACAAGUAUGCAGCGGGGACCUCUAUCUUGUUUGGUGUGCUGGUCGAGGCCAUCGGAGUGUCCUGGUUCUACGGUGUGGACCGCUUCAGUGAAGACAUCGAGCGGAUGAUGGGCUUUAAGCCUGGACUGUACUGGAGGCUGUGCUGGAAGUUUGUGAGCCCUGCGUUUCUUUUGUUCGUGGUCAUAGCCAGUACACUGACAGCAUCACGCCUCAAGUACGAUGACUACACCUUUCCUUAUUGGUCAAACAUCCUGGGCUGGGGCCUGGCCAUGUCCUCCAUGCUGUGUGUCCCUUUGUACGCUCUGUACAAAUUCCUCAGCAUCCCAGGAACAAUCAAAGAGAGGAUAGCUUAUUGUAUCACCCCUGAACAUGAACAUCAUUUGGUGGCUGAAGGAAAUGUACGGCAGUUCAAACUCAGGCACUGGAUGGCCAUCUGAUGAAAGAUACCCAGAAUUCCCUCGGCCAUUGUCACAUGUUGUUAGGAGGUCCAACACUCCAGGAGCAGCCCCAGGAGCAGGUCCAACACUCUAACAUCUCUGAGGAGCAGCCCCAGUUACCACCUGUUGCCAAGAAGCACUUUGUUCUUUUUGUUGUUUUGAUUUUUAAAGGAUUGUCUAACUUUGGUCAUAUGGGGGGGGGGGGCUCUUGGCAUGUUCAGGAUUUUUAUAUUCUUUUACAUUUGGUUCUAUUUCAUUUCAUGGUUUUUGCCAUAUGUAUUUCCUCCUAGAAAGGUUAAAAGGGUUUUCUCGUCUUGGUGCAUUAUAUGUUUGAGUGCCUUAUCAUGAAAGACACUACAUUCUGCAUCCAUACUGGAAAUUAGAAAAAAAAUCAAACAACGUUCGACUCAGGAACCAAUCAAAUUUGACCACAGUUGGUUGAUGGCUAAGGCUGUUAUUUAUUCCAGUAAUUCGUCAGGUGAGCAUGAGUGUUGCAUGAGUGUUAAAGAGGUCACCAAAGUUUUUAACUUAUCAUUUAUCAUGCUUAUAUUUUUGCCCCCCCCCCCCCCCCUUUAGGAAACAAGACUGACAUGGCCAAUAAGAGAGAAAAAGUUGAAGAAUUCUAACCAAAACCACCAAUUUUACCAGUUUUGAAUUUUUUUGGUUUUCAUUUUUAUGCAUUUUUUUCUUUUUCUUUUUUUUUGGUUCAGUGCUGUGUAGAGAAAGGUAGGGUUGAUGAUUCAGAUCGCUGUGACUGUGACACCUCUGGCUCUGCACUGUUUAUUUACUACAUGUUUGGUAGUAAAUUUAUAGCUUAUUCACUUAUAUCAACAUCGAUCUAAAGAUAUUCUAGUUCACAGUAGCACGAUCGCCACCCUCUGUUAUUUCUUUCAUAUUAUUGGACUAAAGUAAGUAUAAAAAACCAACCAGAAUAUUGAACUAAGCCACAGAGAGUAAAUAAAUAAAUAUAAGUGGAACAUAUAGGGAUAUAUAUAUAUAUAUGAAAUAUAUUGAUAUAUUGUUUUGUUAUAUCUAAUCAUUUAUUUAUCGAAAUGUUUAUAACAAAACGUGAAUGUAAAGUAUAUUAAAUGUAAGUGUCCACAGUCUUUACAGUGUGUUUGAUGUGUAAGAAAACAAAAGACUAAAUAUCCCAUGGUGUAAGCCUAGGUUACUUUUUCACAUAUGAACGAGAAGUAAUACGCUCUGUCUUGGACUAUGUUUACAAAAAGCUGUGUACCAUACCAGUGUCCUGUUGAACGUGAACAGCAACUCUGUAUGAAGAAGUCUGAAGUACUCUCACUAUGAUAAUAAAGAGUUUCAUCUACGCACAA